CAUGGCUAUGGCGGAGGGAGUCGCGGGACGGGCUGCUGCUGAGACAGAAACUUAACUUAAUGGAUAAUAAGAGUAAAAAAACGCCCGGGUGGCGCUGAGAAGCAUCGGGAAAAAAAGCUGAAGUCUCUGGAGGUGGAGGCUGCUAAAUGUGCCAAACUGACGGACCUAUGUUGUGCCGGGUUCACCAGCCCAAACUGGCUCGUUACUUGAGCAGCGGAGGGCGCCCUGCGGAAUCUGCUGCAACGCUGCUGUCGGAUCAGGAAACACAUCCAGCAUGUAAACACGUCUUCGUGGAUGUGAAUCUUCCCGACCUGGCGGUGGGUCUGAUCCGGCUGGUUCUAUCUGUGACCGUGCUCUACUUCUGCCUGUUCCUCAUCUUCACGCUGCUCAACUCCAUGUUGAAGGGUCAGGUGGCUGCAGUCAUCAAGACUGAAUAGCGAGUGGUUUGUAUCUGGCUGCUGUGGUGAGACCCCGGUGUCAUCCUCUAGUCUAGUGUACUGCCACACCUUGAAAGCACAUGAUGACACUGACGUCAUUAUUGAAGAUGUCGAUGCCAGCACAGGAGGGACACUCAGAGACAGACACAAGGACCUGAAAAGACUGGAGAGAGCAAAGCUGCAAAGCUUAGAAGGUGCUGGAUUUAUGUCGUAUUUAAGUGUAUAUUUGCAUCUGGUCUCUAAAUAAAAUGCUAAAACCUGAA